AUGGCGCGCGAGGAGGACGGGGACCCCGAGCGCCGGGAGGCGGCGGCGCGGGCCGGCAGCGACGAGGAGGAGGAGGAGGAGGAGGAGGAGGGACUGAGCGACGACGAGGACGGAGAUCGGGAGAACCGCAGCGGCCGCCAGGAGGAAGGAGAGGCGGCGGCGGCGGCCGCCGGGCGGGAGCGCAGCGAGGACGCGCCGCCGCCGCGCGCGGAGCUGCCUCCCGCCACCAGCCGCGCCGCGGCCGCCCGCGAUAGGAGCGGCCGCCGCCCGCCGGGGACCCCGCCGGGACCGCUGCCCUGCCGCGCGGAAAGGAUGCCGUCGCCCGACCUGGAGGAGCGUGAGCGCCGCCGGAGCUGCCGGAGGGACCUUCUUCUGAGCCAGGUCUGCUUCCUGGCCCUGGUGGCGCUGCUGCUCUGGUCGCUGUCGAGCAUGCGGGACCACGACGACCUGAACUUCAUGGACUUCAUUGGGCAAGACACACAGUGGACCGUGGGGAGGAAGUUAAUGCAGGUGAAUGACUCGCUAACUUCAGAAGAUGCAGGACCGCGGAGCAGCAAGAACUGCACUGAACCAGCCCUGCACGAGUUCCCCAAUGACAUCUUCACCAACGAGGACCGAAGACAGGGGGCAGUGGUCCUUCACGUGCUUUGUGCCAUGUACAUGUUCUACGCGCUGGCCAUUGUGUGUGACGACUUCUUCGUCCCCUCCUUGGAAAAGAUCUGUGAGCGCCUGCACCUCAGUGAGGAUGUGGCGGGAGCCACAUUCAUGGCGGCCGGCAGUUCGGCCCCGGAGCUGUUCACGUCGGUCAUAGGAGUCUUCAUCACCAAGGGUGACGUGGGCGUGGGGACCAUCGUGGGCUCCGCUGUGUUUAACAUUCUGUGCAUCAUCGGCGUCUGUGGGCUCUUCGCGGGGCAGGUCGUGGCUCUCUCCUCCUGGUGCCUGCUGAGGGACUCGAUUUACUACACGCUGUCCGUGGUCGCGCUCAUCGUGUUCAUUUAUGAUGAACAAGUUUCCUGGUGGGAGUCUUUGGUCCUCGUGUUGAUGUAUCUCAUCUACAUUGUCAUCAUGAAAUACAACGCCUGCAUACACCAGUGCUUCGAGAGGAGGACCAAGGGGGCCGGAAACAUGGUCAAUGGCUUGGCCAACAACGCCGAAAUGGACGACAGCGGCAACUGCGACGCAACCGUGGUGCUACUCAAGAGAGCCAAUUUCCACCGCAAAGCAUCAGUGAUCAUGGUAGACGAGCUGCUGUCGGCCUACCCACACCAGCUUUCUUUCUCUGAGGCUGGUCUUCGAAUCAUGAUCACCAGCCACUUCCCCCCCAAGACCCGACUCUCCAUGGCCAGUCGCAUGUUAAUCAAUGAGAGACAGAGACUGAUAAACAGCAGGGCUUAUGCCAAUGGAGAGUCCGAGGUGGCCAUCAAGAUCCCGAUCAAGCACACGGUGGAGAACGGGAUGGGGCCCAGCAGCGCCCCGGACAGAGGCGUGAGCGGGGCGCGGAGGGACGAGGUCGUCGCGGAGGCCGGUGACGAGACGGAGAACGAGAAUGAGGACAACGAGAAUAACGAGAACGAUGAGGAGGAGGAGGACGAGGAGGAGGAGGAAGGGCCAUACACGCCCUUCGACCCCCCGACUGGCAAACUGGAAACAGUGAAGUGGGCGUUCACCUGGCCCCUGAGCUUCGUCCUGUACUUCACCGUCCCCAACUGCAACAAGCCCCGCUGGGAGAAGUGGUUUAUGGUGACCUUCGCUUCGUCCACGCUGUGGAUCGCAGCCUUCUCCUACAUGAUGGUGUGGAUGGUCACGAUCAUCGGCUACACGCUGGGGAUUCCUGACGUCAUCAUGGGGAUCACCUUCCUGGCAGCUGGAACCAGCGUGCCCGACUGCAUGGCCAGCCUCAUUGUGGCCAGACAAGGCAUGGGGGACAUGGCCGUGUCCAACUCCAUCGGGAGCAAUGUUUUUGACAUCCUCAUCGGACUCGGUCUCCCCUGGGCACUGCAGACCCUGGCUGUAGAUUAUGGAUCCUACAUUCGACUGAACAGCCGGGGGUUGAUCUACUCCGUGGGCUUGCUCCUGGCCUCUGUCUUCGUCACGGUGUUUGGCGUCCACCUGAACAAGUGGCAGCUGGACAGGAAGCUGGGGUGCGGCUGCCUUUUCCUCUAUGGCGUGUUCCUGUGCUUCUCCAUCAUGACGGAGUUCAACGUGUUCACCUUUGUGAACCUGCCCAUGUGCGGGGACCACUGA